ACGGAAUUGCGUCACCGUGACGUCACGUAGAGCUGCGGCCGGAUAGGCGGGCUUUCGCGUGACGCUACGCACGACAGUGACGUCGACCAACCUGAGAUGACGCCAACGCAGGAGCCUUAAAGGGCCAGUCACCAAGUCUAUGAAACUCCCACCCAAAUUACGAUGAAUUAUUAAUUUACUGUCAUCCAUUUUGGAACCUAGUGGCUCAACUUUCCAAUUAAUUAUUGCUACUCCAUUUCCACCCCCCCUCUUAAUGUCCGAAAUGGACUCGCCUGCUGGCCCUAAACCCCUCCCCCGCCCAUGCACGGCGUCCCUCUUCUGCAGCAGCGGGCCGCGCGCAGGAAGGAAGUCAUCGCGCACGGGCAGCAGCCAGUCGGCGGCUUGUGCGGCUAGAAUGACAUAACGGGUGAAAAAGAGGAAGAGGAAGAGGAGAAACCAGGCAUCGACGCAAAAAAAAAAAAAAAUUAAGCCUUUAUACAUCCACUUGCCCAACGAUGCUCAUCAAGGAAUUUCGGGUGAUUCUUCCCAUCUCCGUGGAAGAGUACCAAGUGGGCCAGCUGUACUCGGUGGCCGAGGCCAGCAAGAAUGAGACUGGAGGCGGCGAAGGCGUGGAGGUGCUAAAAAACGAGCCCUACGAGAAGGAUGGCGAGAAGGGGCAGUACACGCACAAAAUCUAUCACUUGCAGAGUAAAGUGCCGUCCUUCGUCAGAAUGUUAGCUCCGGCUUCCGCCCUCAACAUCCACGAGAAAGCCUGGAACGCGUACCCGUACUGCCGCACAGUCAUCACUAACGAAUACAUGAAAGAGAACUUCCUGAUCAAGAUCGAGACGUGGCACAAACCUGACCUGGGACGCCAGGAUAACGUGCACGGUUUGGACGCGGAAACCUGGAAGAAGGUGGAUGUCGUCUAUAUUGACAUCGCUGACAGGAGCCAAGUGGAGCCCAAGGACUACAAGCCAGAGGAGGAUCCCUGCAGGUACAAGUCAGUGAAGACGGGACGAGGCCCUCUCGGACCAGAUUGGCGGAAAGAGCUCCCCAACAAGAAAGACUGCCCACACAUGUGUGCCUACAAGCUGGUCACGGUGAAGUUCAAGUGGUGGGGUCUGCAGAACAAAGUGGAAAGCUUCAUCCAAAAGCAAGAGAAGCGCCUGUUCACCAACUUCCACCGUCAGUUGUUCUGCUGGAUCGACAAGUGGAUCGACCUGAACAUGGAGGACAUCCGCCGCAUGGAGGAGGAGACGCGAAAGGAGCUGGACGAGAUGCGAGUGAAGGACCCCGUGAAAGGCAUGGUGGCGCUAGAGGACUGAGGUCGGCCCCCCCGCCCGCCGAGACUGUGAAUGCUGCUGCCGCUCAUCAGACCCGAAUACCGAGACACCAGCGGAUUCACGUCCUCCUCCCAUUCCAACCGACGCAACAUCCGGCCGUCCCCUCCGAAUUCCCAAUCCCGACCCGCCUCCGUUCCAAAAUUCCCUCGCUCGGGUACCUACCGCCUGGUGUUCACGAUGCUGGACCCUAUAAACUCGUCGUCUCUGGUCUCCGUCCCUGCCCCAUUCACUGACAGCUCAUCGGAGGCGUCCGAUAGAAAAUCAGUCGAUCCAUUUUGGUCAUCAAUUCAUUCCCAGAACCACAGAGAGUGAUUUAUCUCUGCCAUGUAGGAUUUACUGAAGCUAUUCCGAUGUUGUACAUACAUCCACACUAUGCCGGGUGGGUGGGGAUGUGGGGUGCGGACAUUGUAGGGAAUAAUGCAGUAUUUACAUACUGUACAUAUAUAUAUGAAUAUAGUAUAUCAACAGGGUUUUUAAAAUGGUCUUUUCGGUAAGUCUGACUUUUAUUUCAGCCCAUCAGCUGCUAUGUGCGUGUGUUUUUAUUUUCCUCUAUCACACCUUUGCUUUCCUUUAGCGUCGUUCGCAUGUUGUUUGUCGUUUGAAGCUACAAUCGUACCAACCGGCAGGUCGAAGGUUCCGUUUAUUUGUGCCCUGUCAAUACUGCGCUGCUUUGUGACAUUGUACGUGGCGCGUGCGUGUUGCGUUUGUGCGCGUGUGCGUGAUCUUGCAAGUUUGUCCAAAUGAAGCAUUUAGCAUUCAGUUAGGAGGACUAAACAAACAUUCAUAUUGUCCGUAGACAAAUUAAUUCAAGUCUUAAAGCCGUGUUUCCACAGUUCGGUACACAAUGGCAACGGUUGUGAAGGUAAUCGCGAGUGAGUCAGUUGUGAUCUUUAAUUUCCCGAGGUGAUCAUGCCAAGUUUGGUUUCAACAAUAAUUUGAAGCUAUGCGAAAUUUCUGGAGUCCAGCACCUUAGGCUACUUGUUAAAUUAGUUAACAAGCCCAAUUUGGUCAACAUCACUCUUGUGAAGUAAAGCUCCUUUUACAAUGCCAAACAUUGAAAAGGGUACCAAAGACAUUUUCCGUACUUUAGCACUUUUGGGCACCGUAAUGUUGCGGUACCGAGCUCAGCUAAAGCUCGACAGAUAAGGUCACAAUGUAUCACGCACUAAAGUGUUGAUACGCAGUCGUCUAAAAUAUCACUGUCAUGUAUGUCUGAUGUACUCUCCGUCAACUUUCAAGAUAGAUCAAUGACGUGUUAACUGUAACUAAAUACAGUGAUAGCUGUGGGUAGCAAAAUGCUAGCAUAUGAGCUAUACACAGUAUCGGACUGAAUGUGUGAAGUAAUAACGGCUGUAACUUUUUUUUAGGGUGAUAUCGAACGUCUCUUCAGUAUCAUGAUACCGUUGGUAUCGUUGGGAAAUGAAAUUGUAUCGCGAGGGGACCGAACUGGACCGCUGAGCGGUGGGAACCCGGCUUUAGCCGGUCACCUUUUCUCCAGUGGAUAAACGAGCUUAUCCAGCAAUAGCAAUAACUGCCAUGAUGACAAAAAAAAAAAAUAGUCCACAACUCUAGUAUUUUUAUUUUGGGGGAUUUAUUUGGGGGUUUUUUUUCCAGACUGAACUGUGUCCUGUUGUUUUUGCGGUGUGUGCAUGAGUGUACGUGCAUGUGUGUGCGAGUUUGUGUGUGUGUGUGUGUGCGUGUGUGUGUGUGUGUGUGUGUGUGGUGUUCAGUGAUGUGACCGUUUAUGUUGUACAUUGGUACAAAAUGUCCAAGCAAGAAGCCGACUGAUUUAAAAUUUGAAUGCAAUAUGUCAAGAAACCUGAACGAUAUUGGAAUAAAUAAUGAGAUCACAUGUUUAAGAGAACGAAUCAGCACAUGUUUCGUUGUCAAUCCUCCGAAUUUUUCUCAGCCAUCUUCAGGCUUCCAUAAAGCAUUUUACUGUACUGCCUGCACAAGGACCACAUUGCGGGACUGUAUAAAAACAAAAAAAAAAAUCUUUUUUUUUUGUUUGUUUUUUGUUUUGUUUUGGUUUGAAAUGUUGUAGUGCUGUUGUCAUUCCGAGCUAAACGUAUCUAAGAGCGAAACCACCACUUGAGAAUGAACAUUUAAUUCAAAUUAAAGGCCAGAAAUAUAACAGUAUCACCGCC